UCUAUGCCACCAAAGUACAAUCCAUUUUUAAAAUGGAUAAUGAAGUUGAAUAUAAAGAACUAUGCAGGGAAAUAUACAACUACUACAGUAGCAAGGCAAUCCCUGCCAAAGGUAACCGUACAGCUUUAAUGCUACGAGCAACUGGAGAACCAUGGAACAAACAAGAAAUUGAACAGUAUACAUCAUGCCGUAACCCUGAUAUGAAAUUUGAUGAUUUUUGGAAAAUCGCAAAGGCUAAGCGCUUCGGUAUAGGACAUAAUACCCGAAAUCCGGCUGAUUACCAGCACCUGGUGGACGAAUACGGCACUUGGAUCAAUCUAUCGGUAAACGAAUGUAUGGAAAUUGUAACGGCAUUUAAAGCAAUAGUACAAUUAAGAGGAGCAGUGGAUAAUAGCAUGGCUCCAAGCACUAUCAAUACACAGUAUCUGAUGCACCUACUGACGCACGUGGGUGAUCCCAUACCCAGACAUACCGUAAAGUACCUCAAGAUGGAUCAACAUGGAUACAACGGAAGAGUUAGCAUAAGGACAAUGCUAAAGAUGCUAGGCCGCAAGGAGUGAUACAAGUAUCCAGGAAAACAUG